AUGCCAGUUUAUGCAUGGGAUCUGUGUCAUUUGCGCGAGGGAGAAAAGCGCGAUACAAAAAGCGCGAGGGACAAAAUCACGACGGAACAAAAACGCGACAAGACAAAUGCGCGAUGGACAAAACGCGACUGGAUAGAAGCGCGAGGAACAAAAGCGCGAGGGACAAAAGCGCACGACUGCGCAAAAACGCGACUGGAUAAAAGCGCUAGAAGCAAAAGCGCGAGCGACAAAGCGCGAGGGGACAAAAGCGCGACAGAACAAAAACGCAACUGGAUAAAGCGCGAUUGGCCAAGAACGCGAAGUGCCUUACUACGAGAACUGAAGAUCGUUUUCCAAAAUACAAGAUAUUUUCGGUGGCUCCGGUUCAAAAGAACGAUAUUUAAAAUAGCAACAUCAAAAAGGCGACAUAUUGUUAAAGCGAUAUAUCAAAAUAGCGACAUUUGGAACAGCGAUAUUCAAAAUAACGACAUCUAA